AGACAUCUUUUAAACUCUCCAUGAUCGUAUUUGACUAUGACGUCAGCGAUUUUUUAUGAUACAAAAUCAUUUUCAGCGGGAACGGGAAUACAUUUGUCAAAUUAUAAUUACUAUCCCGAUUCUACAUUCUAUUUAAUAAUAAGUUAAUCCGUAACAUAUCUCCCUCAACAAUUUGUAUGCGUCUAACGUUAAAAAAUGUCGCGAAAAACUCGUAUUAUGUGCAAUAUUUUAUAUCAUUUGAUAAAUAAUGUAUUAAUAUUUUGUAGAACAAAUGUAUGCUUUAAAAUGGUUUGUAAAUGGUUGUGGUAAAUUGGUUGGGAGAAAUAGCUGCCGUUAGCUGAUUGGUAGACCGGCAUUAAUGGGACCGCUAUGUGCGGCCAAGUUUACAGUCUACUCUAGUGUAUUAUAUAGGAGUCUUGUAACUUUUUUUAAUAACAUUGUCUUCGACGAAACUUGUUUUAAAUUAAAAAAUGUUAAUUUUCUCUCAAUGGACGCAGCCCAUAUAAUUAUGAUCAUGAUCACAAUUAUAUUUUAUCGAAAAUUCUACAUGUACUGAUGCUGAAAUGGUCGCGCAUGCGCGAAAGAACCCGGACACUGCCGGACACUCAGGCUGGCUGACAAUGCUUGAUAGUCAAAGCUCGGAGUGUUACACGAAAACGACUGACAUCGCUUCUUUGCAUCCAUCUGUGAUCAUUUCAGUUUAUAUUUCUAUAUAUUUUGCCGGAAGAGUUAGAAACUAACAAGAAAUGGCAGAUUACUUGGAUGCUGAAGCAGAAGAGAGUGAGGAGGAGGAGGAACUCGAUAUUAACGAAAGGAGGAAACUCAAGAAAUUAAAAGCUAUGGAAGAGAGCGACGACGAAGAUGAUGAAGAAGACGAGGGAGAAGUGCCAGGACUUAUUAAUGACAAUCCUGAAGAAGACAGCGAUGGAUCUGAGGAUUCUAGGAAACGGAAAAAGAGUGAUGACGAAUUCGAUGACCGUUUAGAGGAUGAAGAUUAUGAUCUGCUCGAAGAGAAUUUAGGUGUAAAAGUCGAAAGGAAGCAUCGUUUUAAACGGUUACGUAGAAUACAGGAUGAGGAGUCAGAAGGAGAAGAAGAAAGAGUGGUAGACGAUGAGAGAGAUGCUAUCGCCAAUGAACUGUUUCAAGGCUCUGGUGACGAAGACGAAGAAAGGAGCGAAAUCAGUCCUAGGGGUGAGACCGAACCAUUCGACGAAGAGGACAGUGAAGACGAUGAUGAUUUCAUCGUGGAUGGAGACGGAAUACCUAUAACUGAAAAGCGGAAGAAGAAAAAACCUAUUUAUUCGGAUGCUGCUUUACAAGAAGCUCAGGAUAUCUUCGGCAUCGACUUUGAUUACGAGGAAUUCGGGAAGUACGGGCAGGACGAGUUCGAAGAAGAAGAGGAAGAGGAGGAGGAUGAGUAUCUUCAUGACGAGGUGGAGGAUCGACCGAGGCGAUCGAAGAAGCAUUUGAAGAAGAAGAGCACGAAGAAAACCAUAUUCGAAGUGUAUGAACCGAGCGAACUUAUACGCGGGCAUUUUACCGACGUCGACAACGAAAUUCGUACUACGGACAUUCCUGAACGAAUGCAACUUCGAACCGUUCCCAUUACGCCGACAGUGGAGGGUUCAGACGAAUUAGAUCUCGAAGCGGAAUGGAUCUAUAAACAAGCGUUCUGUCAGCCAACGAUCUCAGUGCAAGAUGCUCAUUUGAACGAGGAGGCCAAAGAGAGAGCUAAAAAGGGGCCGCAGACCGUGGGGAAGAUUAAGAAAUCUUUGGACUUCAUGCGAAAUCAAAACUUCGAAGUUCCAUUCAUCUCGUUUUACAGGAAGGAAUACGUACUACCAGAAUUGAACAUCAACGACCUAUGGAAGAUUUAUAAAUUCGAUGCGAAAUGGUGUCAACUUAAGCAGAGGAAAGAGAAUUUGCUGAAGCUGUUUGAAAAGAUGCGAGACUUCCAGUUGGACGAGAUCAUGAAAAAUCCUGAUGCUCCAUUACCCGAGAACGUACGAAUCAUCAAAGAGGAUGAUAUCGAUCGGCUUAGGAACGCUCAGAGUUUCGAAGAACUGAAUGAUAUUUAUCGGCAUUUCAUGUUAUAUUACAAUCAAGAUGUACCACUGAUGCAAGAGAGCUUGCGUAAAAAGGAAAAAGAAGAGCGAAAAAAAGCUAGGAUGGAAAAAAGGAGACAAGCAAUCGCAGAAGCGGAAGAGAACGGGCUAGAUCCUCCCGAAGAAGUUCCUGAAGUCGAGGAGAAAGAGGAGGAAGUAGAUGAGACGUUGAAGCAGCCGAUCAGGAAGGGCCCUUAUUACAUCUGUAAAAAGGCUGGUUUAGAGAGUCUAGCUAAAAAGUUCGGUCUCUCCCCGGAACAGUUCGCUGAAAAUCUUCGAGACAAUUAUCAGCGUCACGAGGUAGAUCAAGAACCGGCAGAACCCACGGUAGCAGCGAACGAUUAUAUCUCUACGGUCUUUCAAACGAGUGAAGAAGUGUUGAAAGCGGCACAAUUAAUGGUCGCGAUUCAAUUAGCGCACGAACCAUUAGUACGGAGAUGCGUACGGGAAAUGUACAUGGAAAGAGGAAAGAUAUCUGUGAUACCGACUAAAAAGGGGAUCAAGGAGAUAGAUGAAAAUCAUGCGAUCAAUGGAAUGAAAUAUCUCAAAGAUAAACCAGUACGGGAUCUCGUGGGCGAUCAGUUUUUAAAAUUAUUUAUAGCAGAACAAGAUAAAUUGAUUAACAUCUCGUUCAGCGACACGAUAGAAGGAAACACUACCCUUAAUUAUAUCGACGAGUCGAAACAACUGUACUACAGGGAUGAAUUUAGUAAGAGCGUGCAGGACUGGAACGCAUUAAGAACUGGCAGCGUCGAGAUAGCGUUGAGUCGUGUCGUCAUACCGCAGCUGAAAAAAGAAUUGCGAUCGACUCUUCUAACGGAGGCAAAGCAGUGCGUAAUGACAGCUUGUUGUCGGAAAAUGUACAAUUGGAUAAAAAUCGCACCGUAUUCGUAUCAGUUCCCUGAAGAAGACGACGAAGAUUGGAAUACCAGUAAAGGAACUCGCGUAAUGGGUCUGGCUUACGUGCCCGAUCCGUCUCAAUCGGCUUUCACUUGCGUCAUUUCUCCGGAGGGAGAGUGCACCGAUCACCUGCGAUUACCACAUUUGUUGAAACGCAAGAACAGCUACAGAGAGAACGAGAAGGCGUUGAAGGAGGCUGAUUUGUUAGCAAUUAAAAAUUUUAUUGCCACGAGGAAGCCGCACGUUAUAGUAGUAAGCGGCGAAUCUAGAGAAGCGAUGAUGAUAGUGGCAGACAUAAAGGAAUGCUUGUCCAGUCUCGCAGACGAGGAACAGUUUCCUGCGAUUCAAGUAGAAAUAUGCGACAACGAAUUCGCUAAAGUUUAUGCGAACAGCAACAGAGGUAUAGCCGAGUUCAGGGAUUACCCAGAUUUAUUGAGACAAGCUAUAUCCCUAGCUAGAAGAUUGCAAGAUCCGUUGUUAGAAUUCUCGCAGUUGUGUACGAUAGACGAGGAAAUUCUGUGCCUUAAAUACCAUCCUUUACAAGAUCAACUUCCUAAAGAUGAUCUUAUAGAGAACCUAUAUUUAGAAUUUAUAAAUCGCAUAAACGAGGUGGGAGUAGAUUUAAACAGAGCGGUACAGCAGCCUUAUACAGCAAACUUAGUACAAUUUGUAUGUGGGUUGGGUCCUCGGAAAGGACAGGCGUUGAUCAAAAUUCUGAAGCAAACUAAUCAGAGGCUGGAGAACAGGACGCAACUUAUAACGGCGUGUCACAUGGGACCGAAGGUGUUCGUCAAUUGCGCUGGUUUCAUCAAGAUAGACACGAACAGUUUAGGAGACAGUACAGAGGCGUACGUAGAAGUUCUGGAUGGUUCGCGCGUACAUCCGGAGACUUACGAGUGGGCCAGAAAAAUGGCAGUGGAUGCUUUAGAGUACGACGACGAGGACGCAAAUCCGGCGGGGGCUCUGGAAGAAAUUCUCGAAUCGCCAGAGAGAUUGAAGGAUCUGGAUUUGGACGCGUUCGCGGAGGAGCUCGAAAGGCAGGGUUUCGGCAACAAGUGCAUUACUCUUUAUGAUAUAAGAGCUGAACUGAAUUGUAGAUACAAAGAUCUCCGGCUUCCUUAUGAACCAUUAAGUCCUGAGAAAUUAUUUGAUAUUUUGACGAAGGAAACACCGGAGACUUUCUACGUAGGUAAAUUAGUUUUGGCAACGGUCAUAGGGAUAUCUCAUAAGAAGCCACAAGGAGAACAAUUGGAACAGGCGAAUCCUGUUCGCAACGAUGAGACGGGAUUAUGGCAAUGUCCUUUCUGUUUGAAGAACGAUUUCCCCGAAUUAUCCGAAGUGUGGAAUCACUUCGACACUGACGCGUGCCCGGGAAAAGCGACGGGCGUUCGUCUAAGAUUAGACAACGGGAUAUCUGGUUACAUUCACGUAAAAAAUUUAUCCGACAAACACGUGGCCAAUCCCGAAGAGAGAGUUCGCGUAGGCCAAGUGAUUCACUGUCGUAUAACAAAAAUCGAGGUUGACCGGUUCAGCGUCGAGUGCACUAGUAAAACUAGUGAUCUGUUGGACGAGAAUCACGAGUGGCGACCGCAACGAGAUGUUCAUUAUGACACGGAGGCCGAAGAGAAAGAUCUGAAAACGGAGGAGGAGACGAAGAAGGUGCAACAGAGGCGAACUUAUGUGAAACGCGUUAUAAUUCAUCCUAGUUUCCAUAACGUGAGCUUCGCAGAGGCCGAGAAAUUAAUGCAAAACGUGAAACAAGGGGAAGCAAUAAUUCGGCCUAGCAGCAAAGGAUCCGAUCAUUUAACGGUAACGUGGAAAGUGACGGACAACAUUUAUCAGCACAUCGACAUAAGGGAAGAAGGCAAAGAGAACACCUUCUCUUUGGGUCGGAGUUUGUGGAUCGGCAGCGAGGAAUUUGAAGAUCUGGACGAGAUAAUCGCGAGACACAUCAACCCGAUGUCGGCGUACGCUUCGGAGCUCUUAGACUUUAAAUAUUACAAACUAAAUGUAGAAGGUGUCAAAGAAAAAGCGGAGGAAAUACUGAAGGAGCAGAAGAAACAGAAUCCAGGUGGGAUACCGUACAUCGUGUCCGCGGCUAAGAAUUAUCCAGGCAAAUUUCUACUCUCUUAUUUACCGCGUACUCGUUGCCGUCACGAGUACGUUACCGUAACGCCGGAGGGAUUUCGAUUCAGGAGUCAAAUGUUCAGCAAAGUGAACGAGCUGUUCCGAUGGUUUAAAGAACAUUUCAGAGAUCCUGUACCGGGACAAUCGACGCCUGGAACUCCGCACGGAGUAAUGACGUCCAGAACACCGUAUAACGGCACGCCAGGAGUCAACGGUGUAAAUUCAGACGCGAUACAGAGAGUGGCGCAGACGAUGCCGCACCACAUGUUGCAUUCCCUCUCGAAGGUAGCGAGUCAAACUCCGCACCAUUAUCCACCGUAUACACCAGGCGCGGCCAGUGUCACUAAUUACGGAAUGUACGGAAGUACGCCGUACACGCCUUCCGGUCAAACACCGUUUAUGACCCCUUACCACACGCCUCAUCACCCGCAAACGCCCAGCCACGCUCAGGGACCAUUUCUACAACCGAUACCUCCAGCGGUCAAUCCGAUCGCUCACAGAACCGCGAGAUCUCACAGAUCUGUCUCGAACAAUACCGACGCAACGAAUUGGUCGAAAGCCGCGGAAGCUUGGGCUCGAGCGAAGCAGUCGACUUCGAAAGAAUUUAACACCACUCCGAGAUACGACGACGCCAGGAAGACGCCGCGGGGUCAAGAUGUUCAAAGCGAAAGAGUGCCUCCUCGUAGUAGAACUCCAUCUGUUCGGACGCCGUCUUACAAAUCUCCCAGGGGGACUCCAUUCACGAAUUCUAGUCCUCGAAGUAUGUCUAUGAGCGGAGACGGCACUCCUCUAUACGAUGAAAGUUGAGGCAACAACGCUUUUUACAUUUAGCUAGGACAAUUCGAAUGUAAACGAACACAGGAAGCAAUAAAAUGUAUCUAACUCAAUCUUAUGACCGCGCGGAUCCUAAGACUGAGUUCAUACAUACAUUUUAUACUUCAGUGUAAUUUAUGUAUAAACGCAUAUUCCCUACGGUUUUUCAUCACGUGUAUGUAAACGUUUGAGAUGAUAUUCUACCUCAGAGAAAUUGCACCAUCAAACAAGCUCAAAAUACCAUAUUACCGUUUAUUUCUCGUAAGUCAUGACACUCAAGAGCAAACUACUGCCCUAAUUAAUAAAACAUGUGCAUAAGUGUUAUUUGUACAAGGAUCUAUUUGAUACUAAUUGUAUAUUUUAAUAUGAGAGACUAGUAAUAAUUAAAUGUAUACUAAGUAAAGUGUCUUUCUUUCCACGAUCGUUUCCGACAUUUUUAUUUACAGACGUAUUAUACUCACUGAUUUGUAUUCAUUGAAAAUUAAUGAAAAUAAGUAUAAUCGCGUUUAGCUAAAAUCCUGACGGACAUAUGACGUAUUCUUGUAAAAUCAUGGAGACCAGUUAUAACAAGUCGACCAUAUUCGGAUUCGGUUUUUUAUGUUCUCGUGGUCGCACAACGGUUACAACUUCCCACACGUUUUAGUACGUACGUUGCUAGGGACGCAGACAUAUGAUUCAUCCAGAAUGGAUGUUUCUUUUUUGAAUCGCGAUCAGUUGAAUGAAAACGUACACGCAGGUUUUACAACAGUAUGGAAAUUGCGCGAAUCACGAAAACUAAGAGGUGUAAAGUAAAUCCUCGUAAAGGAUUUAUAACAUUAAUCACGUAAAUGCUUCAUGUUUAAAUGAGGCUAAGAUACCUUGUUAAAGCUAAUGUACAUCGAAUAAAUAUAACUGAAUAAACAAGUGCUACAUCGAUUCACGAA